AUGGCCAGCCAAAUACCAGAAGAGGUACACAUCCGGCAUUGCAUGCUCUUUGAGUUUCGCAAGGGAAAUAACGCAACAGUUGCUACCAAAAACAUUUGCGAUGUUUAUCCAAAUGCACUGGACAUUCGUAAAUGCCAAAGGUGGUUUUCCAAGUUCAAAUCGGGUAAUUUUGAUCUUUCCGACUCGUAUCGAUCAGGAAGACCAUCAGCGUUAGACAACGACGUGUUAAGGGCCGAAGUGGAAGCAAAUCCGUGUCAGACGAUCGAGGAAUUGUCAAACAGUCUCAACAAACCUUGGUCGACCAUCCAAGAACAUUUGAAGCAGAUUGGGAAAGUAAGCAGAGCAG